CGUGUGCCAGGAGGGAAGCAGGAAGUGACUGCAGAGUGGAGCCGGCGAGCGAGCGGCAGCGGGGGCUGAUGGAAGUGGAGUGGGGGCUGGAGAGGGCACCCUACUGUAUCCAGCAUGCUCCAAGGCCACAGCUCCGUGUUCCAGGCCUUGCUGGGGACCUUCUUCACCUGGGGGAUGACGGCAGCCGGCGCGGCUCUCGUGUUCAUAUUCUCUAGUGGACAGAGGCGGAUCUUAGAUGGAAGUCUUGGCUUUGCUGCAGGGGUCAUGCUGGCAGCUUCCUACUGGUCUCUCCUGGCCCCAGCAGUCGAGAUGGCCACGUCCUCGGGGGGCUUUGGUGCCUUCGCCUUCUUCCCAGUGGCCGUCGGCUUUACCUUGGGAGCUGCGUUUGUCUACCUGGCUGACCUCCUGAUGCCUCACCUGGGUGCAGCAGAAGACCCCCAGACGGCCCUGGCGCUGAACUUGGACCCGACGUUGAUGAAGAAGAAGGCUGACCCCGAGGGUCCCACGCUGCUCUUCCCUGGGAGUGAACUCUCCAUCCGGAUAGGUAGAGCUGGGCUUCUUUCAGACAAGAGUGAGAAUGGUGAGGCAUAUCAGAGGAAGAAGGCAGCUGCUGGCCUUCCAGAGGGCCCUGCUUCCCUGGUGCCUUCCCGAGGGACUCUGGUGCAGCCCAGCAGCGGCAGCAGCUGGAGGAGGAUUGUGCUGCUCAUCUUGGCCAUCACCAUACACAACGUGCCAGAGGGCCUUGCUGUUGGAGUUGGAUUUGGGGCUGUAGAGAAAACAGCAUCUGCCACCUUUGAGAGUGCGAGGAACUUGGCCAUUGGAAUUGGGAUCCAGAACUUCCCGGAGGGCCUGGCUGUCAGCCUCCCCUUGCGGGGUGCAGGCUUCUCCACCUGGAGAGCUUUCUGGUACGGGCAGCUCAGUGGCAUGGUGGAGCCCCUGGCCGGGGUCUUCGGUGCCUUUGCCGUGGUCCUGGCUGAGCCCAUCCUGCCGUACGCUCUGGCCUUUGCUGCGGGAGCCAUGGUCUACGUGGUCAUGGAUGACAUCAUCCCUGAAGCCCAGAUCAGUGGUAACGGGAAGCUGGCGUCCUGGGCCUCCAUCCUGGGAUUUGUAGUCAUGAUGUCACUGGAUGUUGGCUUGGGGUAGCGCCCAGAAUGCCUGGGACUCCCGAAAGGCAGCACGAGGAAAUGGAAGUGAUUGGCUUCGACGGGACCACACGCCUCCUCCCAUUAAAACAUUUUUCCUUCCUCUCCUCUUCAUCUCAUUGUCCUGAUUGACUCUGAUUAUAAAAUGACAAUUUUUUACUUUUGCUUUUGAGGGAGAUAUUGGCUUUAUUUGGAAUUUCAAGGAGUCAUGGAACUAUGAGUUUUUGUUUUGGCCACUGAAUGGAACCAGUGAGAUUCUCAAGGACGUACAGAUCAGAGAAAUCUACUUCCGUGCCUUCAUCUCCUUCACUAGAUUCCAUGGCAACUCCUCAAGGUCACCCACGGAAGCGAGCUACCCAGAGAAGUCUCCUGAGUACCUUGGGUGGCGACUCGGCGCAGAAUGGCCCGUACGUCUCUCAUCCGCCUCUCCUGUUCCCUCCCCGCUGACCACCUGCCCGUCUGGAAUGCCGGGGUGCAGGACGGGCCACCUACUUCCCACGGCCAAGCCAGCCCCAGCAGGAGAAAUAUGCCUUCCUCUACCUCCCUGGAGAGACACAGUAAGGGAGAAGGGAGGGAGGUGCAGACAAAGGGAAGGAUAGCCUAGUUCUUUCUUUUUUUAGGCAAAUAUCGCUAUUAUUGAAAUAAGGGAAUUAGGGAGUCAGACGAUCGUGGAUAAGCAGUGAGUCCUGCGAAGAGGACAGAGUAUGGCUUUGAUGAGAGAUGCCUUGUUCCUGGAUCCCAAGAACAAAGUGGCUUGUCAUGGUUACCAAGUCCCCUGGGCCAUUGUUUUGCUAAGUUUAUAGUCUGGAUUUUCUGAAGAGACAUGGAGAUACCAGCAAAUCGCUAGAACCCAAGCCCUUCUUUUACCAGUGGAGGGACCCGCUUCAGUUAAUGUGAGUGAAUGAAAGACCUUUGGAAUCUGCAGUGGGUCCUUCCAGUUGACCCUUUGGUAACUUGAAACCUGACCAUGCACUCUUGAGCUGCAAAAGGCUUUACUGGAGUCUGGCUGGAGGGCUUAUGAUGGGAAAGGAAAAAGGGACAGAAAAAGAAGAGAUCCAUUCUCAUUUCCCCUUUAAAGUCCAUUUUAGCCAAGCUGACAUUCAGAAGUGACCUAAAAAAUAACUUGAGCUACAUUAGAAACCGAUUACUCCUUCAUACACGUAGCUUCUCCAGCCGGGUUGAUCUGACCUGUUUGCUUCAAAAACAGCUAGGGCCUGCCAUCUUCAGUAGUCAAGGAAUACCGGACUCUGAGUGGGCUCCACUGAGAAGGCACCAGCCCAGGAGCCAGAUAGCUAGGCAUUGUGUUAUCAACGCCUGUUUUCUAAGUUUACAUGUUUAAUUGCUUCCAAGGGUAAAUCCUACCCUCUGAAUGCUCUAAGAGCCCAAACGCCAACCUUGGGCUGGGUUCAUGUAUGGUCUUCCAAAGCACUGAUGAUCAAGUUGAAGACACAUUCAGAGGUUUGAUUGGUUGAGAUGAACUGGUUUGGUGGUUGGUUUAUGUAUGUUUUAUUUUAUGUCAUUGUGGGUAGUUCUACCUAAUGCAAAUUGUUCUUUCUGAUGGCCAAGACCUCAUAACUGUGAUUAAUAUAUCAUUAAAGGGGAUAUUGUUGCGGA